AUGGCGCUGCCUGCAGAGACGACGAAGGAAACGCCGUUACUGGAGGGGCUGGAAAACUCGUUUUCGGCCCCGCAAGUUGCCCACAACAUGCCGCAUUCUCCGAUGUUAAGAGGCCGCGAUGAAUAUGAACAAGAGGCCCUGAUAGAGGCCCAAGGAUUAUCUGCCAACCUGCAAAACAAAAUCCUGAUUAUCGAAACAAUGGUUACAAAAACCCAUGAAAUCGCAGCCCUAGCGAUCGAAUAUUACCUUACAACAGAGCCUACAAACAUGAAUUUGGACUAUAUUGGUCAUUGUCAAACGAAUCCUACCACAGGGAUAGGUCUUUCCUGGGGAAUACUUGACUGGAAGACAAGCGAUCGCCAAAGACGGCCUGGCCGUCUGAGUUUUCCUCGAAGAGAUGGACAAGAAGGCAUAUCACUUAGACGACGCGAUCAAAUGGGGUAUGAAUUCGCUGUCGGCAAAAUCGUCGAGUACUGUGAGCACGUUGCCCACAUAAUUCCACAUUCACUGAUGUCCGGGGGCAGCGACGAACAAGAGCUAGGCGAGGCUAAGAAGUUGGCUAUUACGAUACUUAACAUAUUUAACACAGGAAUUAUCUACGAGAUUAAGGAAGAGGUAUAA